AGGCAAUUCACCCAUUACAGUGGAAGCGACAAAGUGUGCAGACCAGUUUCUCAGUGUCUGACAUCGCUGAACUACUCAACAAACCACGGAAAAGAAGGAAAAACACUCUCACGAAACAUGGCAACAGAACGUUUCGGACGCUGGUGUGGCUCGUGUAGAUUAUUCCCUCCGGAGAGUGUGCCGUACGCCUGUGUACGUACACACGAUGUUACUCAUCACAUUCCCGACACCCGAUUCUCGCACGCCUACGCAGGUGUGUUUUUUAGUACCCCACUGUCCCGCCAAAAACACUGCUUCUGGUUUUAAACUGCGUCUUUCUCUCGGACAGGAAACAAUGAAGGUCUCAGCAACCGCAUCCGCAAGCUGCAUAGCCGUCCUUGCUCUAGUUGCCUGCAGGAGUGAAGCCUCUCCUGCCUUCUUGGGCAGCCGAGGUCUUGGAUCCAGAUUUGAACAGCCACAAACCGUGGAAAAGGAAGUCGAGGAUGCAGAAGAGGAGCUGAAAACAGCCGAAGACGAUGCUGCGCUUGAGGAAAAGAAUUUGGAGAGUGAAAUAUCCUAUAGAGAUAGUUUGCGGAGUCAGGAGCAACGCGAUGAAUCUGCAGCGAAAGGGAUGAUUAACGUAGACGCUGAGGCCCCCGGCUGUUCGGUAGAAACCACCGGAGACAUGGAUGUGGCGACAGAUCCUACAGAUGUCUUAACUACUGUGCCCAUGAGUAUAUCGAUUUCCAAGAGGCACUUGAGCGUAAACUACAAGGGACGAGAGCUUAAGCCUGUGAUGAAAAUUCCGCUACUAGAAAUAAAAACGCCUAUAAACACACUUGCACGGAGCAGACGGUGCUUCAGACUGUUUCACCGCACCAAGCCGCUCGUUUUCUGCGCGGACGACACGGCCGCUAGAGACGAAUGGAUUGCAAAUAUCUACAAAGCCGUGUUCUGUAUCAACUCUGGCAACCUACUCACACCAGUACAGCAGAAAGCAAAACGGGAGAAGGGCGAAUCCGUUCCCUUGCCCUCAAAAAGUACCAAAGUCCAGAGGUGGAUCAAAGAGAUAGCUCGACAAGAGGCUGAAGCGCUCAAAGAAGUCCAGGAAGGUGAAAUGAUGCAUAGGAAGAAGAAAAAUGUUGUUGAGGAAGUCGAGAUCGUGGGAGGUUCUGCUGGAGCGCCACCGAAGGUGACUGUUAAUGGUGACGAACUCGCAUUUUCCCACGCAGGACAACGAGAACAACUCAUGAAUGCAAAUAAUCAAGAGUUCUAGUCAGCGUCACCGUACGCAUCCAGACGGCCGCGAGUAAUUCCUGAGCCACCACAAGCACGCAACGACCAGAUCUGGUAUUUACCACGGCAGUCACUAAAGCAGCUGUAGCAGUUUUUGUUGCUUGAGGACUCACCAAAUUUUGUCAUCUGCUCCAUUGUGUUGUUCUUCUCCUUCCUUCCGCCGUGGCGCGCUCCUUUAUCAUUGCGUUUCUUCAUAAACAUCGCCCUUUGUAACUGGAAACAAAACACAUUCGAACAUAAAGGAUCUGCUAAAUA